GCACACCAUUUGGUCAAAACAGGCUAGAUUUAGGGUGUGUUGAGCUCACAUUUUCUCUCGCCUCCUGAAUGGAGGAAGAGCGCGUCUUCACCCUGGACGACGCGAUCGAGUCGUUAGGGUUUGGGCGAUUCCAGUGCUUGAUCCUCGUCUACGCAGGUAUGUCGUGGAUGGCGGAGGCGAUGGAGAUGAUGCUCCUGUCCUUCGUCGGCCCGGCCGUGGAGCAGCUCUGGGAUUUGUCCCCGCGGCAAGAGAGCGCCAUCUCCAGCGUCGUCUUCGCGGGGAUGAUGAUCGGGGCUUACUCGUGGGGUGUGCUGUCCGAUUCCAAAGGAAGGAGGAUUGGCUUCUUUGCGACAGCCGUGAUUACCUUCAUUGCCGGAUUCUUGAGCUCCUUCGCUCCAAAUUACUACGCGCUGCUCUUCCUGCGAGCUCUGGUUGGGAUCGGGCUUGGCGGCGGCCCGGUGGUGUCGUCGUGGUUCAUGGAGUUUGUUCCAGCUCCAAACCGCGGGACUUUGAUGGUGAUCUUCUCGGUCUUCUGGACGCUUGGCUCGAUCCUGGAGGCCAUUCUAGCUUGGACUAUAAUGCCGAGGCUGGGAUGGAGAUGGCUGCUGGGAGUUUCGUCCACCCCGCUCCUUUUCCUACUGAUCUUCUAUCCUUUGGUACCAGAGUCACCGAGAUACUAUGCGGCAAAAGGAGACACCGCCAGCGCGCUGGCUAUUCUCAAGAAAAUGGCCGCUGCAAACAAGCUGGAGCUUCCGCAGGGGAGAUUUGUUUGCUCCGGUGACAAGCACGACGAGGAGGGGGUGGAGCUGGAAGCCACGCAGCUCCUGUGUGAAAAAACUCCCACUCCCGGCAGCAACGCAGUGAUCGCGGCGAAAGACCCCCCGAUCCAGUUCUUCUCCAAGUUUGCGGUGCUUUUCUCGCCUCCACUGCUGCGAUCCACCAUACUUCUCUGGUUGGUUUUCUUUGCAAACGCUUUUACUUAUUACGGGCUGGUUUUGCUGGCGUCGCAGCUGAGCAGCCAGCAGACGAGGUGUAAGCUCGCCUCCCCCGCGAGAAAAAAUUCGCCGCUCCUUCACUCCGGCGACUCCAAAGAUCCAGUUUUUCGAGAUGUUUUGAUAACAAGCUGUGCUGAGCUUCCUGGACUGAUGAUCGCGGCAGCAAUGGUCGACUAUUAUGGCCGGAAGGUGUCCAUGGCGGUCCUGUUUAUUUUCUGUGGCCUCUUCUUAUCGCCGCUGGUUAGUCCCCAACCGGAAGGCGUCACUACGUUCCUCUUGUUUGGAGCUCGAGCUUGUAUCAUGGGCUCCUUCACCAUCUUAUACGUAUACGCGCCGGAGGUUUAUCCAACUUCGUCUAGAACAACGGGCUUGGGCACCGCAAACUCUUUCGCCAGGAUCGGAGGCAUUCUGUGUCCCCUGGUAGCCGUGGCGCUUGUAAGGACGUGCCACCACUCCCUCGCCAUUAUGCUCUUCACGCUCGUCUCUGCCAUGGCAGCUGCGUUGAUCUUCUCGUUUCCAAUCGAAACAAAAGGGAGAGCUCUCACCGAUGUUGUUUGAGGUCUUCUGGAGCUCCAGCCCCUUGUAUACUUCUCGAUUCGUUUGUUUGAAUAAAAUAAUUUCUCUUAAUUCACCAUA